AUGCUUUGUGAGUUAAGUUAUGGAUUAACGAUAUAUUUUAUCUAAUUUGCUUACUUCCUGAAGGAGCUCUUCAAAUGAAGACACGUUCACUACAAUUCUCCGGUUAAGAAAUUACUUUUACCUCGGAGGAAAAGUCCUGAUGCAAUUGAGAGAUGAAUUUGCUGCCCAAGGAACAUCAGGAGUUUGUGAAACCAGAAUACUGGGAAAAAUUCUUCAAAAAGCGGGGAACAAGAGCAUUUGAAUGGUAUGGUGAAUACCCUGAAUUGUGUGGGGUGUUACACAAAUACAUCAAACCCAAGGACAAUCUCCUGGUGAUUGGAUGCGGAAAUUCAAAGCUGAGUGCUGAUUUGUACGAUGUCAGCUAUAGAAAUAUUACCAACAUUGACAUCAGCGAUACGGUUAUUCGACAGAUGAAAGAUCAGAAUGAGAAAGAUAGGCCGGAUAUGAAGUUCUUGAAAAUGGAUGUUCUAAAUAUGGAAUUUUAUGACGGCGAAUAUUCUGUAGUCCUUGACAAGGGUACUCUGGAUGCUCUCAUGGUGGAUGAAAGUGACAAAGUUGUGGCUGAUAUUGAUCAGAUGUUCUCGGAAAUUGAUCGUGUCAUCAAGCUCAUGGGGAGAUAUAUCUGCAUCUCCCUGCUACAAGAACACAUCCUUAGGAAGAUUGUUAGAUAUUUUUCUGAAAGAAGCUGGGCUGUGCGUAUCCACAAGAUAAAUACGGACAAUUCAGAGGGCUCCGAAAAAGAUUUCAACAUGCCGGUGUUUGCUGUUGUGUGUACAAAGUUCAAGAAGAACCCUCAACUUCCACAGAUUCUGGAAGUCUGUAACCAUGAAGAUAAGACAGAGAGGUUGCCCGGUGUGGCAGAGCUGGUAUCAGCUGUUCAACAGUUACAAUACUUUGCUGUUGUAAGGCAGAGAAUAAGUCAAAGGAAGGUUACGGAAGAGCAACUCCAGCUAGCAUUGUACAGCAACAGCGCGGCUACACCACGAUAUACUCUGACCAUGGUGGAUUCUGCUUCAAAGCAGCAUGGACAGUUUGCAAUAUUCAUUGUACCGCAGGGCAGGGAAACUGAGUGGAUGUUCUCUACAGAUGCAGGACGUCUUCAACUGUCCAGUAGCGCUGGUUUUGACCGGCUUGUUGUGGUCAGUCUCCAUAGAAACCAUGUCUACAAUGACCUAGAUGCCAUUCAAGCGGAACUGUCUGCAAAAGUCAUGGAACUGGCUCCACCAGGAUUUAAACAGGGAAAAAAGGUGCCCUUUCUGUCGCUAGGCAACGAUAUAGGUUCCCGACACAUUGUGAAGCAAGGUAGCAGCAAUUUAAGCGGGGAGUAUGUUAUUGAGGAAGUACAGGGUGACGCAGGGAAAACAUUCAGGCGACUUGUGUUUCUGGCAAACCAAAAUAUUGUCCAAUCAGAGGCCAGAUUGAAAACAGUUAAUGUAAAAAAGAAGGGCAAAGGUAGACAGUCAAGCAUAGUAGUGGACAAGAGUUACCUUGCUUGUCAACAUCAUGUUGCCAUGGUAGCCGGCAUGUCGUGUGUUCAGAGUGGAAGGCUCACAGACUUGUUAGAAGGGGACAUGUCGGUGUUAUUAAUUGGACUGGGAGGAGGGGGCUUACCCACAUACAUACAUCAAUACUUCCCUCAGGUGCAUCUAGAUGUUGUUGACAUCGACCCAGAAAUGGUAACCGUGGCAACAGAAUGGUUUGGUUUCCGUCCUGAUGACCAGCUCAAAGUCCAUGUUGAUGAUGGGCUCAAGUUUAUACAGCAAGAGGCAAAAAAAGGGCCCAAAAGACAUGUGAUUAUGCUGGAUGUGGACAGUAAAGAUGUCAGUCUCGGAAUGAGCUGCCCCCCUGCACCAUUUGUGGAGGCCCCAUUCCUACAGGACAUUUGCAACUGCCUUGUUGAUCAAGGAGUCCUGGUUUUAAACCUGGUGAGCAGAGAUUCUACCUUGAAAGCAGAAGUCAUCCAAAGACUAAAAGACAUUUUUCCCGCCAUUUUUGUCAGCCAUGUUGAAGAAGAAGUGAAUGAAAUUGUUUUUGCAAUAAAAGACACAAACAGUGCAGCAGUGAACCAGAUGGAAACUAAAGAUGUCAAAAAAGAUGGUACUAAAGAGAAAGACGAUAAAGCUGGUAGUGGUGAAAAUAUGGUGAAUAGUGGUAAGACUGAAGAAGCGAAUGAAGAUCGUAAUAAAAGACUGGAGACAUUGAAAAAUAAGGUUAUUGAACAGUGUAAAAUGCUAGACAGGUUCAUGAAAAAGCAAACUGCUGAUAAGCCUGCUGUUGAUUUGAUAGAUGCUUUUGAAAAUUUAUUGGUAACAUAGUUAAAAGAAUUAACCCAAAAAAUAAAUAA